GUUCUUUCAUUUACUUCACGACCACACGGCGGCAGCAGCACUUUGAGACAUGGAGAUCAGUAUGUCAGCAAUGUUGUACUCUGGUCUCGUUCUGGCCCUGAUAUCGUCUGCAUUCAGUGUCCCCAUAGAUGUUGCCCGGGAAACAGAGAGUGACCAACAUCUUGAAGACAAACGACCAAAAUAUAUGGACACAAGAGACCUCGACACAUUCCAAAAACUUGUUUACCUGGCGCUAAAAGGGUUGGUGGAGGAAGGAAAAUUGAACCCAGACAUGAUAGCAACAUCUAGUGAGAAUUACUUUGACAACCAGGGCGAGGACGAAAGUAAAAGUAAAAUCUCUUCCGAGAAGCGUGGCCAUCUCCGGAUUUGUGUGCGCCGUUCAGGAUCUCGAUUCUUCCCCUAUCCUUGUUUCAGAGGUUAAGCAGAAAAAUAAUCCCACAAAUCAGAACAUAUCACAUCUCAAGUGGCCAGAAAGAACUUGAACCGUACGUUUCUUUCUUUAAUGGAUAUGUGCUUACUUAUCCAAUAUAAGACCUAGACAUAGUGCUAACACGUGUAUUCUUUUUUAAUCAGAGAGAGAUAUGUCUUUAUAUACUUAGUAUUUGUUGUAUUAAUUCUUGAUAGAUGUUUUAUUUAUGUCAAAAUAUAACUAUGUUAAUUCUCUG